AGAUAACGUAGUGGGGCAGUCCGCUGAGAACAUGCGUCGCAUCGAAACGUCAGUCGCUGAAGUAGCAGAAAGCGGACGGGCCAGUGCAUCAUGAGGCUACGUGUGUUAGCUCUGGUGCUGACGGCGGCAUGCGUCGCCGCUCUUGUCCAGAUGCCACGACAUCCCUGCCGCCGCGGCUGGAACAGCAGUCGGUGCCUCUCCAGUCUGUGUAGGCGGAGGGGCGGCGUGUUCCUGCCCAACAUUAGCGGUUGUCGUGGCUGCGGCGCCUGCGUCAAGUUCUUAGGUCUGGGCGAGUCCUGCGCUGAACGAGGAAACUCAAUUACAUUUCCGCAGCUCGUGUGCAGCAGACGCCUACAAUGCGACCCGGAGACCAAGAAAUGCGUUCCUCUUUCUGUCUCUACCGCUGCCAGAAACUCUACGGUACCACCAAUGAAGAUCAAACCCAGAUGUGGAAGGCGGAGGACGUGCUUCAGAUGCUUCUGCCAGAGAUCCCGAUGGCCAAAACUUAAUCUGUCUAAUUCCACCCUCCACAGGCAGUACCGUUAACAUAAGCACAAGUGUUUACUUUCUCGAUCGUUCUCUAAACAUUCAAUGAGUCGGCUUUUUAGAGGCCAAUCAUCGAAAUUUGACGCAUCUACAGCCUUCCUAUAAGAAAAAAGGUUGUUGAUACAGAGUUGAGGAUAUCUGCCACCUUUAAUUUUCUUUGGCCAAUGAUAUGCAGAUUUACUGACAUUUAUAUCGUUCUACAUUAGACUGCUAAGUGGAAAUAAAGCUUUAGUUUCGCCACUACUAAAA